AUGCUCACUGCUCGUGUUUCUGUCAACUUCAAGCUCGACGGUGACGAGCCCUCAAACACGGCGGCCUCCGGAGAGCUGCUGACACUUCCAUGGGACCCUCGCCUGGCCUUAUCCGGCUGGGGCCGAGGACGUGCGUCGGUGCUUAAGUUCGAGGUAUCCCGCGGCCCCGGGCGUCCAGUGGAGUGGACCGGAUUCGUUCCUACUGCUGGUCUUGUUCACAGUCCUCGGUGUGUCUUCGAGAGGGCAAUCUGUCUAACAGGAAGACUGGGUUCCGAGCCGCCAACCUCGGCCCGCACGGCUGGGUCGACGGGGGCAUCAGCCGAGAGACGCACAGUAUCACUCGAGGUGGCUAUGAUGUUCCAGCCUGUCUUCCCGGCAGGUAUUCGUGGAGGUUCGAGAGCUGCCGGGGUCGUGUCACGGGGGGUGGUUCAUCAAGAGGACGCAAGACGGCAGUCGUUCGAUCACCGGCCAUUCCACCCAGACUUGCGAAGAAUCGCCUGCGAAGGAGGGGAGUUGGUCGUGCACUGCCUACGAGCAAGGAACUUGCGCUUGCCUCGGCAAGAGAAGUCGGUGGAGUCACGAGAUGCUCAGCCUGAGAUCUUCCUGACUGUCCUGCCUGAUGGAGGCGAGGUCCAAACUUCGACGUCGUACAUGGGACCGGGUGGGCGGCAUCCUGUUUGGGGGCAGAGUCUCACCCUAUCCAUCGCGGACGCAGCCACAGCUCGCGUUGUGGUGCGGGUGAGAAACGUAAAUCAAGUCUUGGAAGACAACGUCCUUGGCGAAGUAGAGCUGUCUUUAGCGGGGCUCAUUGCUGCAGAACAUGGCGUGGCCGCCGCCGCCGCUCUCCCUGGAUUCUCCGGUCGCCUCGAGCGUCCACCCAGCGGGUCUUCGUUGCGUGUGAGCCUGGACAAGGAAGUUGCUUCAGACAGACAGGAGCUUGCCGACAACAGUUACGGCUCCGAUAGCGAGGAUCAUGUGGACACGGAACGAUUUCCAGGCCGCAAACGAGAACCAUCUGGAAAAAAUCCGGUAAGCCCGCAUAAGAUCAAGCCGUGUGGGGUCGAGGCCUGGUUCCCUCUUUUCGUCGCCGGUCGGCAAGGGGGUAGCAGGGAGCGAGAAGUCGCCGGCGAGGUGCGGCUUUGCUGCCGUUUUCUUUCGACGGACUUCAUGAUGCAGAGAGAGGUCACAGCCGGGGCGGACGAAGGGGAUAACGGCCCUGUCGGUGCGCUGAGAUAUGCGUUGGAGCGGCGACCUGGUCGGCUCUUCAUGACGAUAAGGUGCUGUCGGGCCCUGCCGAAAGCCAUGAUCGGAGAAAGGGCCCCUCUAGUAGAGGCCAGACUGCGGCACGGGGGUUGGCAGUGCAGUACUCGGCGGCAAACGGGACUGAAUCCGGUGUUCAACGAGAACAUGGCUGUGGACGUGCUGUGGACACCACAGGACUUCAAUAGUCCAGAGGUGAUUCUUGAGGUGAAAGACAAGGCACUCGGCGGGGGGCUUCUAGCUGCCGUACGCGUGGCGGUGGCCCCCUUCAUCCUCCAUCCGAUGAUGCCAGCAGACAUUUGGAUCCCGUUGCUGGGCGGAGCAGGAAGAGAAACUAAUUCAGGGAUAUAUAUCGGGCUCAUUUACAUUCCAUCGGUGGACGAGAUACGAAACAUGGAUGAGCACUUGUCAAGGAAGAAUCCGACCAGUUUCUCCAUCAACAGCAUCGAGCACAUUGCUGAUCCCGAGUAUUCCGCCGUGUUACGUCGAGCCCGACGUGGGGUUGUCCACGUACAGAUCAUGUCAGCCCGAGGCCUCCCUGCUUCUUCCAAAGACCCUCAAGUGGGGGUGCGGCUCAGAGUCGGGGACCACUGCGGUGGUCCAUUGCCGCCGUUCCAGCGGACAGCGGCAAUUCGAGGGGGUCGAGGAGAGCCACAGUUCAACUCCACAUUUUUCCUAGACUUGCAACAAGAUGCGCCAGGGCUUGAGGAAGAAUCAAAGCGAGCUGUGCUGGGACGCACACCGAUGCUAGAGGUGGAAGCUCGUUGUUGUAGAGGCAAGGGGAAGGUGCUGGGAACGGUAGAGAUUCCUAUAUUUCCCCUUUGGUUCAUGGGGCACAUGACGCGCGCGUGGUAUCCCAUGCGUAGCUGUGACGGCGAGGCGGAGGCUGGGAGGGUAUUCAUCGGGCUGCAGUUCAUCGCUGAUGGGAAGAGCGGGGAGAACGGUGGCAUGACGGCAGCUUCCGUAAGCGAUGGCGCUGGCACAGUCUCCAGGCGGAGGCGAUACUUGUUCUUGGAAGUGCGGCAGGGGCGGGAGCUUCGGCAUACGCACGCCGAGUCUGACCGUCCAGUCGUGCACGUGGAGAUGUUGGGGUCGGGGGCGAGAGGGAAAACGCCUCCAGCGAGGGGUGGGGGACCCGACCCCGCAUGGGCUGACGGGGCAGGCCUCCUGGCACUACCGUACCCACUUCGUAGCAGUGGCGGAGGGUUCGGGUCCUCGAACGAGGUGCUCCGGAUAACCAUCCUCAACGAGCAGCGAAGACGUGGCGAUGGGCAGGAGAAGGGUACAGGACGGAGUAUCGAAGGAGGGGUGAGGGGAGACGCCAUGGGGCACAAGGUGCGGAGUACACCCGGGAGGCGAGGAGUGCGGACAAGUCUCCUGGGAGAAGACGGAGGUGACGCCUACGCAAAAGGGGGUACAAUUUUUUCGUGGGACGACACCUGUCCUCACCGCAUGAGGUUCAACAACGCCUUCAACAAGCAGCCGACUACGCUGCACGUGAGCGUGGUUCAGGGAGAUCGCGUGGUCGGAUUCGCAUCCGUUGGCGUGGAGGCCGUCGUGCACGAUGGAAUAUCGACGAUGGCGCGAGAAACCGCCCAAUCCACUCGCAGACCAAGGGGUAGCGCUCAUGAUGUUGGGCCCGUCGGGCUGAGGGAAGAGGACUUCGGGCACUCCGUGCAAGCAUGGUACCCACUGCACGCACCGGACGAUAAGACUACUUCCGCCGGAGAGAGUGCGCUUUCGUCGUCGGUGUCCGGCACAGCAAACACGGAGGUUGGUCGGGUGCUCAUCGACCUCAAGUUUGCGCCCCAUCCGAAUUUGCUCGUGAGAAACUGGCAAGAGGGCGCUGCAACUUUGCGCGCAAAUGGCAUCGCCGCCAUGAAAGCCAUAUUUUAUCGCUUGAACCGUAGCGGGAACCUCGUCAUCGAAACGGAGGAUCUGCGGCUCGCCCUGGUCGACGCCGUCGACGAGUACCUCGCAACGUCUACCGCGGCGGCUAAAGCGGCGGUAUCUGGUACAUGUAAACCAUUUGCUGGCACGUCUAGAGCAUCGCAAGCGGGUGAGUUCUUGCUGCUGAUGUCGGAAGGAAGCAAGUCAAGCUUUGGAGAAGGAAGCAACGCUGCGCUCUCCAAAUCGGCAGCAGACUCCAUCUUGUCCAUGAUGGACCGUGAUCGGACUGCCGAGGUGACGUUCGCUGAGUUUUGCAUGUUCUUGAGCCGGGCGGCCUCACGGCAGGCCGACGCUGCGGUGGGAGAUCUUGUUAACGAGCUAGCCGAAGACAACGAUGACGAAAGUUGCGACAGCGAUAGCGACGACGACGCUCUCGGUAGCGACGCUAGCAGGAACGCCGGCGCCAACUGCGACGAGCCACACGGUAGACGGCGUACUAGACGUGUCCCCAGCUUGAUUGGUUUGGUUGAAAGGUCAACGGAUCAGACCGUGAGAAACACACAACUCACAGGGAGGCAAGACAGGGCCACCACCACCGAAAACGGCCGACGAAGCUCUCCAAAAGCCUUUUCGGAUUCGUUUCAAUAUCCGGAGUCUGCGAAAAAACCCAACAUGGACCCCCCAGAACUCUUCACGGCUGAACCCCCAGGGCGGGUGCAAGACAAACUGUCAAAGGCCAGUCGAGCGCAGGACAGCGUCGAUGUCAGCCGAGGGCCCAACAGGCCAGCAACACCGGCACCUCAUCACACGACGGAGGGAAACGAGACCGCAAAGUAUGUCCUUCCCGAAGAUAUCACGUCGUGGACGGUAGGGCACGUCUUGAACUGGCUGUCGGAGGAUAUGCAGCUCCCACAACACUUGCACAAAUUUCGGGAUGCGUCAAUAGACGGCUUGGUUUUGUGCGACCUUACGGAUGUCUUGUUGGAGGAGGGUCUAGGAAUAUCGGAUUCUCUGCAUCGCCUCAAGAUUUUGCGUCACAUGCAAAAGCUCAGCAAGAAGCAGCAGCAGCACCACCACCACCACCACAAGGCUGAUACGACGAGAGAGGACCGGCCACAGACAUCACCACCACCACGAGCCUACGCUGCCAGAAAAACUCUCGGUGUAAUGACCGGGUCGAGCGAUACAAAGGACGCUCAAGCCGGUAGCCCAGCCAACCGUUCCAGGCAAACCGGGUGCACAGCCGUCGGAGUCGAUCGAGAGGAGGACCCGCUACCGUUAACAACGGGUACGCUUGAAGAGAAGAAAACUAACAGCACACCGAUCCCCCCGUCGCCACCUGGCGAAGAAGCCGGUGCUAAGAGGGGUACUGGGCAAGGCGUGCAGCAAACAGAGGACACCCAUGAGGACGAACGGUUUUCUGCGGGCUCCCGAUCGGGCUUCUCGCCCGACGAGGAGGCGUUUGCUCUUACCAUGAAGGAGGUUCGUGGGGAGUUCGUAACCGAAGAGGUUGGCGGCGAAGGGUCGCCGGAAUUGAGGACCGGGGUCUCGCAAUUGAAGAACCGGAAGCGGCACAUAUGCAUUCCAGCAAAUGCUACCACGUCCGAGGUACACGAAGUGGUGCAGACGGCCAUGUGGGCGACCGCGGCCUUGUUGGAGGACACAAACACUGGAGAGGGCGAGCGGGUCGAAAGUACGGGCGAUUACCCAGAAGCGUGGUGGGGUAGUUCGGAAGGGGGCAGCACGGCCAAAAGCGACAGCAUUGAUGGUGCCGAUUUUGACUAUGCGUCAAUUGGUGGAGGUACUGCCGAAAAAAAUCGUGAGAACCGUGGGAACAAACGAGCGCGACUACUGUUCAACGAGUUAUGUUCGUUCCAACAAGGUGGGGCGAAGAGCUCCGGCACAGCACGCGGCUUGAAGCUCACACGGCACAGACUCGAGGUCGGCAUCCGCUCGCUCCUGAAAAUUGAAAUGCGAUGGGAGCAAUGGCAAUUGUUUUUGGAUUCCCUGCCCAGGCUUCGAACUCAGGGUUUCCUAAACCCGGGCGAUUUUUUCGAGGCGUUCGGAUUUCACCCUCUCCUUCGCCGACCAACUACUCCUAGGAGCGCGUUGGGUGGUAGCAAGCAGCGCAAGUUCGAGGGAGAAUCAUUCGAUUUUGAGCCUGGUCGUAGUUUCGACAAAGGCAGCUUGGUUUCUUCAGAGGCGACAUCGGGAUGGGAAACAUCCGCAACACAAGACAUAUCUAAUUUUCGGGAAUUCGUGCUGGGUAUCGCGGAUGCUUUGCGCACGUGCCGAGCAACCUUAGGGGGCGUCAUAUCUACUUUUGAUAAACGAGGCACCGGGAAGGUCUCUGUGUCCGAGUUCAUGUCUCUCGUCAAAGCGCUCACGAGAAAGAGGCGGUAUUCCGCCCGUGCUAGGGCUAUGACCGGCGGUUUCGACAGGAAGCAGGCGUACCUACUGCUCCGCUGCGUGGACAAAGACGGAGACCGAAGUGUUGUGCUUCGCGAUCUGGUAGCAUUCGUGUUCGCUACCUGGACCGAGGAACUGGAGCGGCUGACAGGGGGGAAUAGCGAGCCAGAAGAGGUUCGGCAGAGAAGACGUCAGCUGCAGAAGGACCUGAGACGUCACUUUCCGGCAAACUUUCGUCGAGCGCUAGGUCUUGAUGCCGUCGAACCGGACACCGGACACCAAGGCCCCUUUGCCGCCCUCCUCGCCCGGGUUGGCUUGGACUUCCCAAGCCCACCCUCGCCACGCUCUCAGCCCACGUUCGUGUCUCCACGGCGUGCUCACCGCCAGCGUCGAAGUGAAACUGCGCGCAGCAGCUCGUCGUGUCCUGGUGCAGACGUCAAAUUCGAACGCGAGUCCGUGGUAGAGAAAGAACGCGGAGAGCGAUGGCAGGGGGGGCGCAAAGUGCGGGCCAUGUCCGUUGCUACACCUGCACGGCGAUCUCGGGGGGACAGACCUGCAACCUCUGACGGGCAGAGGCGUUUGGGGUUUACCGCGAACAAGGAGCUCCACAGACGCACCAGUUUUGAGGCGGAGCGGGUGCUAUCCCUCCCGCCACGAGUAGACCUGAGUGCAAUGAAUCUUACGGCGUCUCAUAACCGGGAACUGCUAGCGCAAGGGACCUUUCAGACAUCCGGGGUUAGAGAAGGGACCUUUUCGUAA